AGCGCGCGCGGGAAACGGAGAGGGAAGGUCGCGCGCCGCCUCUGCGCCCGCCCCAGGUCUCCCUCCCUCCCUGCCCGCGACGAUACCUGUGGGGGCGGGGCCAACUAUGCAGAUGACCGCCGCGGGGCGGGGCCGGCGAUGCAAAGUAGAGGCUCCAGCGAGCGCGUCCAGGUGAGCGCCGCGCCGGAGGCCGGACAGAAUUAGCAGCAGCUGUGAAGAUUUACCUGUGCAUCUUUGGAGAACUGACUAACCAUCAGCAUGAUGUUUCUCCAACGGUUGUUAGAUGUUCAGUGGCAAAGAAUGAGACUGAGGUGGUGGAGGCUUUAUGGCUCCCGGCACAGCAGCACAAAUGGAGUUGAACCUCACUUGAUGCCCCUGCCAGCACAUGCACAGGUGGUUAUCUGUGGUGGUGGAAUCAUGGGUACAUCCGUGGCAUAUCAUCUCUCCAAGCUAGGGUGGAAGGACAUCGUCUUACUGGAGCAAGGCAGGCUGGCAGCCGGUUCCACUCGAUUCUGCUCGGGCAUUGUGAGCACCGUGCGGCAUCUGUCCAUUGAGCUGAAGAUGGCGGAUUACUCAAAGAAGCUCUAUCAGCAGCUUGAGCAAGAGACCGGCGUAAAAACCGGUUACAUGAGGACGGGCUCUAUCUCACUGGCUCAGACACAAGACCGGCUGAUCUCCCUGAAGCGCAUAGCCUCACGGCUCAAAGUCAUGGGGAUCCCCUGUGAGCUUAUCCCGCCAAAGAGAGUGGCCCAGCUCCACCCCUUUAUGAACAUCCAUGACCUGGUGGGGGCUAUGCACGUGCCUGAGGAUGCCGUUGUAUCAUCUGCUGACGUGACCCUCGCUUUGGCCAGUGCUGCUGCGGCGAAUGGGGUUCAAAUCCACGAGCGAACCAGCGUCAUCCACGUCUUGGGCCAGAAGGGCUGUGUAACUGGAGUGGAGACUGACCGAGGGCUGAUUGAGUGCCCGUACUUCGUUAACUGUGCUGGACAGUGGGCUUAUGAGCUGGGUCUUUCCAACGAGGAGCCAGUCAGCAUCCCGCUGCACGCCUGCGAGCACUUCUACCUCCUGACGCGCCCCCUGAAGACGCCCCUGGAGAGUAGCACUCCAACUAUUGUGGACCUUGACGGGAGGAUCUACAUUCGCAGCUGGCAGGGGGGCAUCCUCUCCGGUGGCUUUGAGAAGAACCCCAAGCCUAUUUUCACGGAGGGCCGGAACCAGCUGGAGAUACAGAGCCUGCAGGAAGACUGGGAUCACUUUGAGCCACUUCUGAGUGCCUUGCUGCGGAGGAUGCCGGAACUGGAGGCCCUGGAGAUAAUGCAGCUGGUGAAUUGCCCAGAAUCCUUUACUCCAGACAUGCGAUGCAUCAUGGGAGAAUCCCCCACUAUACAGGGCUACUUUGUCCUAGCAGGAAUGAAUGCGGCUGGUACAUCCUUUGCGGGUGGAGCAGGCAAGUACCUGGCUGAAUGGAUGGUGAACGGUUACCCCUCUGACAACGUCUGGCCCUUGGACCUGAAGCGCUUUGGAGCUCUGCAAAGCAGCCGCACCUUCCUCCGCCACCGGGUCAUGGAAGUGAUGCCCCUGAUUUAUGACCUGAAAGUUCCCCGCUGGGAUUUCCAGACCGGCAGGCAACUCCGCACGUCUCCCCUUUAUGACCGGCUGGAUGCCCAGGGAGCGAGGUGGAUGGAGAAGCAUGGCUUUGAGAGGGCAAAAUACUUUGUCCCUCCAGGGAAAGAUUUGCUGGCUCUGGAUCAGAGUAAGACGUUUUACAAGCCAGACUGGUUUGACAUUGUGGGGGCAGAGGUCAAGUGCUGCAAAGAGGCCGUGUGUGUCAUUGACAUGUCCUCGUUCACCAAGUUUGAGAUAAGCUCCACGGGGGGCCAAGCUUUGGAGGUUCUGCAGUAUCUCUUCUCCAAUGACCUGGACGUGCCAGUUGGGCACAUUGUACACACAGGGAUGCUCAAUCACAACGGCGGGUACGAGAACGACUGCAGCGUGGUCCGCUUGAACAAACGCAGCUUCUUCAUGAUUUCCCCCACAGACCAGCAGGUUCACUGCUGGGCCUGGUUGAAGAAGCACAUGCCUGAAGACAGCAACCUCUUCCUGGAAGACGUCACCUGGAAGUACACAGCUUUGAAUCUGAUCGGCCCACGUGCCAUGGAUGUCCUGUCAGAGCUCUCUUACGCGCCAAUGACGCCCGAACACUUCCCUUCCCUCUUCUGUAAGGAGAUGAGUGUCGGCUACGCCAAUGGAAUCCGUGUCAUGAGCAUGACGCACACGGGGGAGCCGGGCUUUAUGCUUUACAUCCCCAUCGAGUAUGCUCUCCACGUGUACAACGAGGUGAUGAACGUGGGGCAGAAGUACGGGAUCCGGAACACUGGCUAUUACGCCCUCCGCAGCUUGCGCAUUGAGAAGUUUUUUGCCUUCUGGGGCCAAGAUCUGGACGCUUUCACCACCCCGAUGGAAUGUGGGCGAGAAUUCCGGGUUAAGCUUGACAAGGGCGUGGAUUUCAUCGGGAGGGAUGCGCUGAUGGCUCAGAAGCAGGAGGGGGUCUACAAGCGCUUCACCAUGUUCAUCCUCGAAGACCACAACACGGACCUGGACUUGUGGCCCUGGUGGGGGGAGCCCAUCUACCGCAACGGCUGCUGCGUUGGCAAGACCACCAGCAGCGCUUACAGCUACACGCUGGAGCGGCACGUUUGCCUGGGCUUCGUUCAGAACCCGGACCCUGAAACCGGCGAAGAGCAACUGGUGACCCCAGACUUCGUCAACCGGGGCGAAUACGAGGUCGACAUUGCGGGGCAGCGCUUCCAGGCCAAGGCCAAGCUGUACCCCUUCAGCUCCCUUUUCACCCCACGCCGGCGCAAGGACGAGAUGGAGUUCAGCGGCUUCCAGGGAAAGUAAUCUCACACGGCGCUGGACUUUCCCAACAUUGCUCCUUGGACUUCUGAUGGUCUUUCUGGUCUGUUACAUUUUGUAUUCUAUUUUAACACUUCCCCUUCCUUUCUUCCCCCAAAUGACCCUGCAGCUCCCGGUCUAAAGGAUUAUCUGUGAUGGGAAGGAGCACCCUCUCUUUUCAGAGCAAGCAGAGACUUCCUCUUCCCUCACGUGCCAGAGAGAGUUUGAGGUCUUGGGGAACUUGGUGGGACCUCUUGGGGUCUGGAGGAGUCUGCAGCAGCCUGGACCUGUUGCUCCUUUAGGGCACCCACUAACAUCACUCAGAAGUUCACCCACAUGCAGACACUCUGCUUCCGGGUCCUGUCACCCUUAGCCACCCUUCAAAGGGGCUAGUAGGAAUGGCAAGAGGAUUAUCUCAUCCUUAUCUCCACAGUAGGAGAUGGUAAAUUCUGUUAACAGGAGGAUCUUAGUAGCUUUGAUUCUGCAUUGACCAGUAGAAAAAUGGAAGUCCCUCAAAUAGGCACAGAGCUGCCUGAUAUUACCCAUUUCUUCCUCAGCAGGCCCUCUGCUUCCUCUUUGGGAUCUGUUUAAUUGGAGCUGCUUUUGGUUCUGCUGCCUCUCCUGUCUUUGUUCUGUUGUGGCCAACCCCAUCCUGGGCGCCCUCCAGAGAUGUGGACUUCAGCUGCGAGGAUUCUCAGCAACAGCCAUGCUGGCUGGGAAUUCUGGGAGAUGAACCACUGCAAGGCAGCCAGAGAGAAGAGGAGAAGGCCAUUUCCUUGCAGCUGGUGCAAUAUGAGAGAUGUGGGAGUCUCUCACUGAAGCAAUUGGGGAACGGCAAGGCCAGGACCUCGGGAUAAGCGGCUUCCUUCUUAACUUUUAAGGCUGAUCCAACAUGCAACUUUGCUUUGUAACCUAACCAUUGCCCCCCCCCCCAACCUAAAUCCUGCAUUCGGCCAACACGGAUGCAUCCCCAACCUGGGUGGUCAUCCCAGUAGCAGCAUCUCCGGCCUCAGCAUGACGCCGCGCAAUGCGCAACCCUCCUUCCCUGUCAUUUUCGGUGCUCCAAAGGCUCACCAGGUUGUGGCUGCGAGAUUCUGCCACAAACCAAAAUGUGACAGCAGUGCAACCCUUCCCUGGGCGGGAGGUGAAGCUGAACAGUGAUGAAGUCCACUUGUGAUGCUUCUGGUAGGCUGAAUGCCUCUGCCUGGCCUCUUUUCCCCUGUCCCCUCCACACACUGGUGGGGAAUUGCUUGGCCAGGAAGACUGGCCUUUUUGGACAAACGGCCUUGCCUGUUUCUUCCCAAGGGAAUAAAUGUAAUGCUUCGCUUUGUA